GGUGAUACAAUGAGUGCCAGAUAUUGCGGAUAAUUAUUACCCGUUGUUCAUUGCAUCUCUACUUCUCAUCGCUACCUUGUUUUUGUUUCCAUGGCUUCCUCCUCUUCCACCCCUCGAUGGAACUACGACGUCUUCUUGAGUUUCAGAGGCGAAACCCGUAAAAAUUUCACCGAUCACCUCUAUGCGGCUUUGGUUCAAGGAGGUAUUCACACUUUUAGAGACGAGGAUGAACUGAAAAGAGGUGAAGCAAUUACAACAGAGCUGCUGAAAACAAUAGAAGAAUCCAGGAUUGCGAUCAUCGUUCUCUCGCCGAAGUACGCAUCUUCAGGAUGGUGCCUAGAUGAACUUGUGAAAAUCCUGGAAUGCCAAGAACUUCUGGGAAUGAUUGUCCUGCCCAUCUUCUAUGGUGUCGAUCCCUCGGAKGUUCGAUACCAGACUGGUAGUUAUGCCGAAGCACUUGCCGAACUUGAAAAUAAUAAAUUCAAGGUGUUAAAGGAGGAGAAGAUGCACAAGUGGAAGACAGCUCUCACAAAAGUUGCUAAUUUCUGCGGGUGGAAUUUGCAAGAUUAUGCCAAUGGGUAUGAGGCAAGACUUAUCCAAAAAAUACUUAAAGAGAUUUGUAGUAAACUGAACCCCAGAUACUUGAACGUUGCGACUCAUCCAGUUGGAAUAGAAUCCCGUGUUGACGACAUCUUGUUACGCCUUAAAACAAAUGAUGUUCACUUCAUAGGUAUAUGUGGUAUGGGCGGAAUAGGUAAGACAACCAUUACUAAAGCUGUCUAUAACCGCAUCUUUGAAAAUUUUGAAGGAAGCAGCUUCCUUGGAAACGUUAGAGAAGUUUCAUCAAGACAACCAGAUGGCCUGGUUUGUUUGCAAAAGCAACUCAUUUCCGAUAUAUUCAUGGAAAGGGAAGAUACACAGCUGGGUAUUUAUAGUUCUGAUAGAGGAAUGAUGGUGAUUAAAGAAAGACUAUGUCGUAAAAGAGUUCUUGUUGUUCUGGAUGAUGUAGAUCAACCAGACCAAUUAAGGGCAUUAGCUGGAGAAAAGAAUUGGUUUGGCUCGGGAAGUAAAAUCAUCAUAACCGCUAGAAAUGAAAGUCCGUUUCAUGAGAUCAAAAUGGAUGAAAUAUAUAAAGCUAUAGAACUGAGUAAGGAUGAAUCAAUUGAGCUCUUUAGUCGGUUUGCCUUUGGAGAAAGACAUCCAAAGCAAGACUAUGUGCAUCUCUCAAAUAGUAUAGUGGAUUAUGCUAAAGGAAUUCCCUUGGUUCUCAAGGUUUUAGGUUCCCUUUUAUGUGACAAAAGAAGCAUAUCUGAAUGGACAAGUGCUCUGGAGAAACUAAAAGCAAUUCCUCAUGAUGAAAUUCAAAAAACACUUCAGAUUAGUUUUGAUGUAUUAGAUGACACUGAAAAGAAUAUAUUCCUUGACAUUGCAUGCUUCUUUAUUGGAAUGGAUAGAAAAUUUGUAGUAAGCAUAUUGGACAGUUGUAAUUUCUUUGCCACAAUUGGGAUCAGUGUUCUCAUCCGGAGGUGUCUUAUAACAAUUGAAAAUGAGCAGUUGAUGAUGCAUGAUUUGCUUCGAGACAUGGGAAGGGAAAUUGUUCGUAAAGAAUCUAUAGGGGAACCAGGAAAACGCAGUAGACUGUGGGCUCAUGAAGAUGUUCUCAACGUGUUGAGAAAUGACAAGGGAACAAAGAAAAUUGAAGGGCUCCUCUAUAGUGGAAAAUAUCAAAGGUUGAGUACUAAAGUAUUUGAGAAGAUGAAGAAGCUAAGACUUCUCAGGGUGGAUUUUAUACACCUGGAGGGAGACUAUCAACAUCUUCCUAAACAGUUGAAAUGGCUGCGAUGGAACCAGUUCCCUUUGGAAUCUAUACCAGCAGAUUUUAAUUUGAAGGAGCUCGUGGUUCUUGAGAUGCGAUGUAGUAAUCUCAGACAAGUAUGGGCGGAAACUAAGCUUUUGGAACAGUUAAAGGUCCUUGAUCUUAGUCAUUGUUUCUACCUAAUCAAAACCCCUGACUUCUCAAAGCUCCCCAAUCUUGAGAAGUUGAUACUUGUAGGUUGUGAAAACUUGGUUAAGGUAGACAAAUCCAUUCGGUGUCUCAAAAAACUCGUCAUUUUAAAUCUGUCUCAGUGCUGUAAACUAAUCAAUCUUCCAAGCACCAUUUGUUAUUUGGAAUCACUUGAAUGCCUUGUUCUUUCUCAUUGCCCAAGUCUUAAUAUUGGAGAACAGUUGAGAAAUAUUGAAUCCCUUGAAAACUUGAAAGUUCUUGAUCUUGCAGUUUCUAAUUCGUUAAUCCAGACUCCUAAUUUCUCGAGAUUAACCAAUCUUGAGGUAUUGGUUCUUUGUGGUUGUGAAAAUUUGGUUGAAGUUCACGAAUCCAUUGGGUAUCUUGAGAAACUUGUUGUUUUGAAUUUAGAUAGUUGUUCUAAGCUCAGAGAUCUUCCAAAUACCAUCUGUAAAUUGAAGUCUCUUAAAGAGCUUAUUCUCCCUUGCUGCUCGAAUCCUGGAAAGAUGCCCUAUAGCUUGUGGGAAAUGCAGCGCUCAACAAAGCUUCAAGAUAAUGCUAUUUGUAUCCAACCAGCGCGGCGUUUCACUAGAACAAACCGUUGGGAUGGACCAGUAUCAAAUUUUAUUACUGUCACCUUCUCAGUGGAUUUCUUCCCUAGUUUCUUCCCCAGGCUGGGUUACAGGGAUGUGCCAGACUUUUCUAUUCCAAGUAAGAUUGGGAGCUUGCUUAGUUCAUUGGUAGUGCUGGAUCUGAGCUACAACAAUGUUUGUAGACUACCAGAUGACAUCAAAAACCUUACUAGUCUGAAAAUCCUUGAGUUGUCUGAAUGCAAAAAACUCCAGUUUCUCCCCAAGCUACCAUCAAGUUUGGAAGCAUUGUAUGCAUUCGGUUGCACAUCCUUGGCAAACUUUUCAAAUCCUGGGUACUUCCCUUCAUUGACCAGAUUUUAUCUAACAGAUAGCAAAAUUGGUAGCCUACCAGAUAGCAUUAGUUGCUGUCCGAAGCUCACUGACCUUGUGCUAAGUAAUAGUACGGAGCUUAAGUCACUUCCAGAGCUUCCACCAAGCUUAAAGCAUUUGGUUGUAGACGGUUGUGUAUCAAUAGAAACAUUUCCAAACUUGUCAAACAAUUCGAACUUAGUUGUGCUGAAGCUUCGUAAUUGUAACAAGCUAUCUGAGAUCCAAGGUCUGGACGGUUUAUCAUUACGACUCAUAGACAUGGGAAGCUGCAAUGGCUUGACAGAAACUUUCAGGAAGAAUCUCAUCCAGGUAUUGUUUAAUGGUGAAAAGCAAGAUAUCUUCCUUCCUGGGAGCAACGUUUCAGAGUUGUUCAGUGAUAUCCAGGUGUUGUUUAAAGGUGACAAGCCCUAUAUCUUUCUUCCUGGGAGCAACGCUUCAGGAUUAUUCCAUGAUUUACAGGUGGGGUCUUGGGCGCAGUUUGAGGUGUCACAAUAUCACAAUAUACAAGGAUUGAUUGUAUGCGCUAUCUAUACAGUUGAUGAUCCUGAAAAGAAAAGCAUACAAAAUACAAAGAAGGAGAAAGAAGAGAAAAAAGAACAGCAUACAAAAGACUUUCGGGAAAAAAGAAGAGAAGAGAGAUGCAUACAAAAGACUUGUCAAGAAAAAGAGGAGAAAAAAGAAAAGCAUACAGAUGACUUGCUGGAAAAAAGAAAAGAAGAGAAAAAAGAAAAACACAUAGAUGACUUACUAGAAAAAAGGAAAGAACAAAGCAUACAAAAGACUUCCUAUAAAGAAGAGAGAAAAGAAGAGAGGAAAGAAGAGAAGCAACCGAAAAAGGAAGAAGUAAAAAUGCCUGAAUAUUGGCGAAAAAUAUGGAUGUAUUGGGGACAGCAUUUUCAUGGAACAAGAGGUCAAGAUGAAAUAUGGCUGGGCUAUAGAUCAAAUACAGAUUUUGUGUAUGAGCUGGAAGGCAGAAAUCUAAUGGAGGUUGAAGUAGAUUCAAUGUAUAUUCAUGUCGAGGUAAAGAAGUGUGGGAUCCAUCCUGUAUAUGAAUCAAAUAGGAAGGAUUCCCAAUCAGAUUAUAGCUCAAGCUCUCCUUGUGCUUCUUCAUCGAUCUUCACAUGAUGACUCUGAUGAUGGGUCAAUGGCGCUUAAUGUAGGCAUCGUAAAUGGUGAGAGUGAACUUGUUCUACCUCCAUUAGUAAGCCUCAAGGAUACAUGUAACCUAAAUGAUGACGCUGCUGAUGAAGAUUGAUCAUCAUCGAUUUAUGACAUUAAUGAUGAAUUUGUGAACAAAGUUAACUGUUUGUGUAAAAGCUUAAUCAGUCUCUGUAUUGCAUUACAAUUCUACUUGUACUUAUACAAUCAAUUUAUGAUCUCACAUUAACGAUGAGUUAUCCUUAGUAGCCCAA